AUGGGCUCGGCACUAUCCUCUCAACGCAAAACUUCAACUCAAACAUCCCUCGUUCAAGUCCCAGUUGCCGCGUCUGAUGGCGACGACUUAAUCAUUGAAAACGAAAAAUGGGACGAGAAGGCAGAUUACACCCCACCGCUGCCACGUCCGAAAGCCCCCACAAGUCGGGCCUAUGUUCCUGGCCACGAUGAUCUGUCAAGUGAUGCACUUGCCGAGUACAAGCAUUUCCUCGCUAUAUUCCCCGAGUACCGCCUGACCUGGAUUGUUGACACUCUCCGUCGGACCGAUUAUUCUCGACUCAAAAAGGAAACUUAUGUUGACUAUAUGGGCGGCGCUCUUCAUCCGGACAGCCUCGUCUACGCUCACACCGACUUCCUCAGUCAGAGCGUGCUAGGCAACACUCAUUCCGUCAGUAACAGCUCAAAACUCUCUUUAAAAUGUGCCGACGAAGCGCGUGCGGCCGUCCUCUCCUUCUUCCACGCUUCUUCAGACGAAUACUCUGUCAUAUUUACCCCGAACGCUACCGGGGCCUUGAAACUUGUCGGCGAAUCGUUUCCCUUUUCUGCCGGCGGCUCCUACGUUCUCGCGGCCGACUCCCACAAUAGCGUCCAUGGAAUCCGAGAAUUUGCUGCAUCAGGAGGAUCAGCGGUCUCUUAUAUCCCUGCCACGUCUACAGGUGGUUUUGAGCUAUCUAUAGCCAAGGACAUAUUGCUACAAAAUAGGCCAAGGCAUCAACCGUCGUUGUUCGCGCUGACCGGACAAUCCAAUGUGACCAACGCCAAAACACCACUGUCGGUACUCGAAUAUGCGAAGUCACUGGGCUACUACACCCUCCUUGAUGCCGCAGCAUUGGCCGCAAGCUCUUCAAUAUCUUUGACGGACUUGGCAGUGGAUGCAAUGGCGGUCUCCUUCUAUAAGAUGUUCGGCUACCCAACGGGUAUCGGUGCUCUGGUUGUCAAGAACUCAUUUCUCUCCGAGCUAAAGCGGCCUUGGUUUGCUGGUGGGACUGUCGACAUCGUUCAGGUCCCAGGCUCGGUCAUGACGCGCUCUACGGUAUUGCACGAACAGUUUGAGGAUGGCACCAUUAAUUACUUGCAACUCCCGGCCAUAACGAACGGACUGCGGUUCCUGUCUGCAUAUCUACCAUUUCUCCCUCUGCGCCUGUCGUGCUUGGUACAUUAUCUCGUCUGGCACUUGACAAGACUUCGCCACGAGUCGGUCGAUGCUCCAGUUGCGCAAAUCCUGUCCGCAACUCCGAGUCGGAAGCUUAGCUCAGUGGGCGAACAAGCCGAGACGGGCGCGCUGAUCUCUCUCGUGUUUCUCUCCCCCACCGGCAAAAUGGAGCCGCUUUCUUUCAUCGAGCAUGCGGCAACUAGCGUCAACAUUUCUCUUCGCACUGGCUGCAUGUGCAAUCCGGGCGGGGCGGCAGCUCUGCUGGGGUACGAGGUCGCAAUGCAAAAACUCUCUCCCGGAGCCACCCUCGCGGACUUGACCUGUACCAUCGGACACGAGCUGGGCGUCGUCCGCAUUAGCCUCGGCCUUGCGAGCAACUUCCAAGACAUCUGGAACGUGAUCCAAUUUGCCAAGCUUCUCGCCAGUGAAGAGAGAUACACGAAGCUCUUGGACGCGUACAAGAGCUGGCAUGCGACGCAAGAAGAAAAGGACUCUGAGUUGAUGAUCUAG